AUGAAUGGUCGUAAAGUCAAAACUGCGCGCUCAAAAAAAUACAAAGUUAUGCUAUAUCGAGGGCAUAAACCGGUCUUAAUGCCGAUUGAUGAGAGCUUGGAAGAUAAGUGGAUGGUGAGAGAAGGAACAAAGCAGGAAGAUCAUGAUGAUGAUAAAAAUGAUAAAACAGAUGGAAAGGGGGACAAAUAUGAGGAUCAUGAUGACGAUGACUGCGGUGGGAGUCAAGACAAGGAAGUAGACGAUAAGAAUGUUGGGGAUGAAGAGAAAAACAACGAACAGGACACUGAGGAGGUCGAUAAGGAAGAGAGUGAGAAGGAGGGUGAGAAGGAGGGUGAGAAGGAGUGUGAAAAGGAGGGUGACAAGGAGGAUGAGGCACAAGGGGGUGAAGACGGGGAGGAGAAUGAAGAUGAGGAAGAAGAUGAGGAAGAAGACGAGGAAGAAGAUGAGGAAGAAGAUGAGGAAGAAGAUGAGGAAGAAGAUGAGGAAGAAGAUGAGGAUGAAGAUGAGGAAGAAGAUGAGGAUGAAGAGGAAAGUGACAGCGACGACGGUGACGAUGAUGGCGAAGAUCUUCGAGACUUUGUGGUUUAUGAUAUAGAGCCCGAUUCUGAGGAAGAUGCCGACUAUCGGGACAGUGGAUGCACAGAUACGGACGAAGAGGAGGAUGAUUAUCCCCAUGAAGAGGGUAUCUAUUCCGAGGAAGAGGGGGGCUAUAAUGUCGACGAAGAUAUAUACUAUAGCGAGGAUUUGGAGGAGAGCGAGGUAUAA